AUGCCGCUGCCAACUCCAGGCAAGCCCGGAGAGAUCGACGAUCCGCUUAGAAGGGGCCUCAGCGGGGCAGGAAGCCCUCAACCUAUAGGUCGCUGGAAAGGCGUACUAGAUGCCACUAUAAAACAACCUGGAUGUGUAGAACUACAACUGAGAGUGUUAGAACCACUUGUGAGAACACCUGGAUCCGAAGAUUGCCUUUAUUUGAAUGUUUUCACCCCUAAAACGAAUGUCUCCAGUGGGAAUACAAGUCCCGUGAUUUUUUGGAUAUAUGGGGGGGCGUUUAUGGAGGGAGAUGCUACGAUAUUCCAGUCAGAUUACUUACUGGAAGAAGGCUUGGUCGUUGUCACUGUCUCCUAUAGCCCUGGUAACGCGGGCCUGAAGGAUCAAAACAUGGCUCUCAGGUGGGUAAAAAACAAUAUCGAAAAAUUCGGAGGCGAUCCGGACCGAAUUACUAUUGGAGGCCACAGUGCCGGAGCUUGCAGCGUCAUACACCACGUUUUGGCGCCGAAAAGCAGGGGUCUCUUCAGCCGCGCCAUAGCCAUGAGUGGCGAUACCACCUCCCUCUGGUGUGGCCAGAAGUUUCCUAGGAAAAUCGCGUUCGAUAUAGGGUUGAGCCUGGGAAUAGAGACCGAUAAUUCCACUGAAUUGGUGGGAAGGAUGAGAAUGGAGGGUUUGGAGAAUCUGCAGAAUGCUUUUCUCAUGGUGAUCAUUGCGUUGAUCACCGAUUUACUGUAUACAAGACCAAUAACCAAUACUGUGAGGAUGAUGUGUAAGCACAUGCCAGUAUACUCUUACGUUUUUGUGUAUGAAGGAAAACGCGUGAAGGAAUAUUUGAGAAACCAAGGAUAUGCAAUAGAUGUGUCGAUAAAUGGGGUUUGCCAUGGGGAAGAUUUAGGAUAUAUUUGGAAAUCUGUAGAUACAUCACUACCAUCAGAAGACGUUCCAAUGAGAAGACGUCUAGUCAAAUUGUGGUCGAAUUUUGCAGAAUAUGGGUAA